AUUUUUACAUUUUUGAACAGAAUAUCAUUUCACAUAACCAAUAUUCAACCAAAAUUAAAAUAGAUAGCAGAAUAAAUAUGGUUUCUAAAACGGAAGGCAUAGUUAAUAUCAAAUCUUAAUGAGCUUUUAAAAGGCAUACACAAAAUGUUUCAAAAAUACAAGGAAUAUUUUUCUUUUUAUUUUUUUAUUCUAUUUUAUAAAAAUAUUUAGAAGUGAAUUGAAAAUGGUUUUGUGCCUUUUUAUUGCUAUUACAUGAAGAAUUAUUUGCAGUUGAUGAUCCGUUCAAAAUGUUUUUGUAGGCAUUGUUGAUUACUUUAUUUUUCUGCAUAGUGAAGUCAUCUUUUCUUUUUUUUUUAUCAAAAAAAAAGACUUCACUAUAGAUCCUUUGUUUACUAGAUAUUGUUUAGGAAUAAUGAACUUUGAUCAAAAAAAUAAUAAUAAUGAACAUUCCCCAAUAAAACGGGGAUUAGCCUUUUUCAAUAAAAUAAAAUAAAAUAAAUGGGGAUUAUGAUUUUAAUAAAAAAUGUAACGGAUGAGUUAAUCUGCGAUUUAAUUUGCCAACACACUGGAGAAUGACAUAAAACCUAGGUCAUGCUUUUGUGUCUCACAUUUAAUCAACCAAUUGAUCUUAAGCAGCGUCCCCAUCGUUACGCGUUUCUUUAAAUUAAUAAUAACUCACUCUCUGGACGUUGCAUUAAGAUAUGGUCUGUGCCACUCUGUGGUCUAUAUUAUUCAUAUAGCUCUGGACUUUUUAUGGUACUGCAUUCUCUUGACUUUAUGUGCAAUUACCAACCCUAGCUUUUAGGAAGUUUCGUAGGAAAUUUCGUUAGGAGCGAAUCCCAUACUGUUCUGAAACAGACGUCCAUCUUUAUUUGUCCCACUUGCGUGGAUAAAAAAAGAACGAAUAACUUUGGAACCGAGUCUUUUUGUCUUGUUCUUCUCGGUCUUGGUCGUUUUCAGUUUCCUAUUGAAUUGGAAACGUAUUUUUUAAGUUUUCUUAAGUCGACCAUUGAACAAAACAGUAGUCUGUUUAACUAUUGUAACUGACAAAUUGAACCAUUAAAGCAAAGUAAAUUGACUCAUCCAGUGGCAAAGACAUUUUUAGUUGCGUUAGCUCCGGUUGUAUCUUGUUGGAUCACUGAAAAUUUGACGUACAACCACACUUUAGAAAGUGCCGGCUCUGAGAUUUCAAUAAAAAAGUUUUUUUUUUAUAGAUUUAAUGGCUUUAUUUUCUUCAAAAAAAAAUUGGGGGCCACAGAGGCGGAAGUUUCAUUUGGUUUUGCGUAGGACCGGUCCUCACUUUAGAUGCUGUUGCUGAAAGAUUAUAACCCUUUCUCUGUCUAAGAAAGCGUAAUGCAAACGAAAUAAGCAACCAAUCUUUAUGGUGGUUUGAGUGUUUUGAUGCUUAGCCUUCAGAUAUUGAUUCCUCCAUGAAGGAAAAGAUACGGGUUGCGUUCUAUGUUCAAAAGGCAGCUCUUCAGUUCAUUGAUGCUGGUACACGUCGUGAAUAUAAACUCACUGAUGAGGUCAGACAAGCGGGAUUUCACGUGGAAGCUGAUGAACUUGCUUCCAUGGUUCGAAACCACGACACAAGGAGCCUCACUAAAAGCGGAGGAGCUGAAGGAAUCGCUCAGAAACUAUCCGUAUCACUCACUGAAGGUGUCCGUUCAAAUGAUCUAGACAUCAGAGAAAAAAUCUACGGAGCAAAUCGAUACGCUGAGAAACCAGCCAGAUCAUUCUUAACAUUCGUUUGGGAAGCACUUCAAGACGUGACUCUCAUCAUCCUUAUGGUCUGCGCUGUGGUAUCGAUAGGAGUGGGAGUAGCCACAGAGGGGUUUCCAAAGGGAAUGUACGAUGGAACAGGAAUCUUGCUAAGUAUAAUCUUGGUGGUUAUGGUCACUGCUAUCAGCGACUACAGACAGUCUCUCCAGUUCAGAGAUUUGGAUAGAGAGAAGAAGAAAAUCAAUAUUCAAGUCACAAGAGAUGGGAAUAGACAAGAGGUCUCUAUCGAUGACUUGGUUGUUGGAGAUGUGGUUCAUCUAUCUAUUGGUGAUCGAGUUCCAGCUGAUGGGGUUUUCAUAUCCGGAUACAAUCUGGAGAUUGACGAGUCAAGCUUAUCCGGAGAGAGUGAGCCAUCACAUGUCAACAAAGAGAAGCCGUUUUUGCUUUCAGGAACCAAAGUUCAAAACGGGUCUGCGAAGAUGCUGGUGACGACCGUUGGUAUGAGGACUGAGUGGGGGAAGUUGAUGGAGACUUUAAGUGAAGGUGGAGAGGAUGAGACUCCUCUUCAGGUGAAGCUAAACGGAGUUGCUACGAUCAUAGGUAAGAUUGGUUUGGGGUUUGCGGUGCUGACGUUUGUGGUGUUGUGCGUAAGGUUUGUGAUAGGGAAAGCUGCUGCUGGUGGGAUCAGUGAGUGGUCUUCUGAAGAUGCAUUGACGCUGCUUGACUACUUUGCUAUCGCUGUAACCAUCAUAGUCGUUGCUGUACCCGAAGGUUUACCUUUGGCUGUGACGUUAAGUCUGGCGUUUGCUAUGAAGCAGUUGAUGAAGGACAGGGCGCUCGUGAGGCAUCUGGCUGCUUGUGAGACGAUGGGCUCUUCUACCUGCAUUUGCACUGAUAAGACCGGGACGUUAACGACUAACCACAUGGUUGUCAAUAAAGUUUGGAUAUGUGAAAAUAUCAAGGAAAGGCAGGAGGAGAACUUUGAGUUGAACCUAUCUGAACAAGUUAAGAACAUCCUUGUACAGGCCAUUUUUCAGAACACUGGUUCUGAGGUUGUGAAGGAUAAGGAAGGAAAGACUCAGAUUCUUGGAUCACCUACUGAAAGAGCUAUACUAGAGUUUGGUUUGCUUUUGGGCGGUGACGUUGAGACUCAACGCAGAGAACAUAAGAUACUUAAGAUAGAGCCUUUUAACUCAAACAAGAAGAAGAUGUCUGUUCUUACAUCUCACUCCGGUGGCAAGGUACGCGCCUUCUGCAAAGGUGCAUCUGAGAUUGUCCUGAGAAUGUGUGAAAAGGUUGUGGAUUCAAGCGGCAAAUCUGUUCCUCUAUCUGAAGAGAAGAUUGCGGUCGUCUCUGAAGUCAUAGAGGGGUUUGCUUCAGAGGCGUUGAGGACUCUCUGCUUGGUUUACACAGAUCUUGAUGAAGCUCCUAGUGGUGAUCUUCCUGAUGGUGGCUACACGUUGGUUGCGGUUGUUGGAAUCAAGGAUCCGGUUCGUCCAGGUGUUAGAGAAGCUGUACAAACUUGCCAAAACGCUGGAAUCACUGUUCGUAUGGUCACUGGUGAUAACAUAAGCACGGCUAAAGCUAUUGCAAAGGAAUGUGGGAUUCUUACAGCAGGAGGUGUGGCUAUAGAAGGUUCACAGUUUCGUAACUUGCCUCCACAUGAAAUGAGAGCCAUUUUACCCAAAAUUCAGGUGAUGGCUCGGUCUUUGCCGUUGGAUAAGCAUACACUGGUCAACAAUUUGAGGAAAAUUGGAGAGGUGGUUGCGGUGACUGGAGAUGGAACCAAUGAUGCACCUGCGUUGCAUGAGUCUGACAUUGGACUUGCCAUGGGAAUAGCUGGAACUGAGGUUGCGAAAGAGAAUGCUGAUGUGAUCAUAAUGGACGACAACUUUGCAACGAUUGUGAACGUGGCGAGAUGGGGACGUGCUGUGUAUAUAAACAUCCAGAAGUUUGUUCAGUUCCAGCUUACUGUUAAUGUCGUUGCGCUGAUCAUCAACUUUGUAUCUGCUUGCAUCACUGGAUCUGCACCACUCACAGCGGUGCAGUUGCUUUGGGUGAACAUGAUCAUGGACACACUCGGUGCAUUGGCGCUAGCGACCGAACCUCCAAACGAAGGUUUAAUGAAACGUCAACCAAUAGGUAGAACCGCAAGCUUCAUCACCAGAGCCAUGUGGAGAAACAUCAUUGGUCAAAGCAUUUACCAGCUAAUCGUCCUCGGCAUUCUCAACUCUUAUGGGAAGCAAAUACUCGAUCUCAACGGUCCGGAUUCAACAGCUGUUCUCAACACCAUCAUCUUCAAUUCCUUCGUCUUUUGCCAGGUGUUUAACGAGGUGAACAGCCGAGAGAUAGAGAAGAUAAACGUGUUUGCAGGAAUGUUCAGCAGUUGGGUGUUUGUUGCUGUGAUGACUGCAACAAUUGGGUUCCAACUGAUCAUUGUUGAGUUGCUUGGUGCAUUUGCAAGCACUGUUCCUUUGAGCUGGCAACAUUGGCUUCUCUGCAUUGUGAUUGGUUCCAUAAGCAUGAUUCUAGCCGUUGGUCUUAAAUGCAUACCUGUUGAGUCCAACAGUCAUCAUGAUGGCUAUGAGCUGCUUCCUUCUGGUCCAUCUGACUCUGCCUGAUCUGACCUCACUUCCUUAGUACGAUUGCUACGUCCAUUCUCUAUAUCGGAUUCGUUUUCUACUUUAGUGAUCUGAUUUCAAUAUGUAUAAAAUCUAACACGCCAAGCGUUACCAGAAGUUUUUUUUUUUUUUUUU